AUUGGGUGACGCAAACGCACGUCUUCGCAUCUCCGGUGGUGGUGCAGCGUCAAGUCUUUUCCGGCGUCAUGUCUCUCGGUAAAGCCGUGCGGAGUUUGGUCAAACCGGCCCGGGGGCUGCUGGCGUCCUCGGAACCGGCGCUGAAACGCAGCUACGCGGCUGUCGCUGAGGCCAGAGCUGUGCUGGAGCACGAACUGGACACGAUCCGAGCGGCGGGGACGUGGAAAGCGGAGAGGAUCAUUACCUCCAAGCAGGGUCCGCAGAUCAACGUGGAGGGCAGCCGUGGCGGCAUCCUGAAUUUCUGCGCCAACAACUACCUGGGCCUGUCCAGUCACCCGGAGGUGGUGCAGGCGGGGAUCGACGCCCUUAAGACGCACGGCGCCGGACUGAGCUCUGUCAGAUUCAUCUGUGGGACGCAGGAUCUGCACAAAACUCUGGAGCAGAAGCUGGCAGAGUUCCAUGAGAGAGAGGACUGCAUCCUCUACGCCAGCUGUUUUGACGCCAACGCCGGGUUGUUUGAAGUCCUGCUGGGCCCCGAUGACGCCGUGCUGUCAGAUGAGCUCAACCACGCCUCCAUCAUCGACGGGAUCCGCCUGUGCCGGGCAAAGAGGCUGCGCUACAAACACAUGGACCUCGGUGACCUGGAGGUUAAGCUCAAGGAGGCUCAGUCUUCUCGAAUGCGCCUGGUGGUGACCGAUGGAGUCUUCUCCAUGGACGGAGACGUGGCUCCCCUACGAGGAAUCUGUGACCUUGCCGAACAGUACGGAGCCAUGGUGUUCAUAGAUGAAUGUCACGCCACCGGCUUCCUGGGGCCUCGAGGGAGGGGGACAGAUGAGCUCCUGGGAGUGAUGGACAGAGUUCAGAUUGUGAACUCUACUCUGGGAAAAGCCCUGGGAGGAGCAGCAGGUGGCUACACAGUUGGUCCAAAGCCUCUCAUUGACUUGCUCAGGCAGCGCUCGCGGCCUUACCUCUUCUCCAACGCCCUGCCGCCUCCUGUGGUGGGCUGUGCCACGCGGGCCGUGGAGCUGCUGCUCGCCUCCAAUGAGAUCGCACAGAGCAUGACGGCCAAAACCAUGAGGUUCCGGAACAAGAUGACGCAGGCCGGCUUCACCAUCUCGGGCUCGUCCCAUCCCAUUUGCCCCGUGAUGCUCGGCGACGCGCGCCUGGCCUCUCUAAUGGCCGACGACAUGCUGAAGCACGGGAUCUACGUGAUUGGGUUCUCCUACCCAGUCGUGCCGAAGGGCAAAGCCAGAAUCCGGGUUCAGAUUUCCGCAGCCCACACCGACGACGACAUCGACCGCUGCGUGGACGCCUUCAUCCAGACGGGCAGGAAGCACGGAGUCAUCUCCUGAGACGGGGACGAGCGGCAGGAAAUGGGAGGCCAUGGCAAGCCGCUCUGCUUUAUAGCUCAUGUUACUGAUGGCAGACAAAUAUGGAAACCUCGUUACAGUAGUGGGUCAAUCAAAGAUGAUAUCUUAGUGUUUUCCUAGAUGAGUAAAAUGCCUUUGCUGGAGUGUAGCUGUUUGCAUUUAUAGACAAAAAGGGCUAAGAAUUAAAUUGCUCCUGCACUACGUCUUACGAGGGAAAUAAUGUUUCUCUUGAAUCCAUGAAUGUGAUUUUGAAUGACUGUUGGUGAUUUUGACCUUUUUUUUUUUUUUUUUUUUUUU